ACUUAUCCAGAGUGCACCGUUGUAACAGAGUGCGGUCGACAGGGGCGGCAGAGGAAGAGAUCGAUGGCGAGCGGGUGCGCGGUGUCGGUCGCCGGCGGCUCCAAGUGGUUGCUCCAAUUCAAGAGCCAGGAUGCUCGCGAAGGCCUCGCCAUUAGCCGCUUGCCGCCUCUUCGUCCGUCGACAAGCCUUCCUCCCUCCCUACUCCUCCGCCUCGCGAGAACCCCAGACCGCUGCCGCCUCUUCACUGUCGCAGCCCAAGAUUCCAACCCUCGGCAGCAGCAGCUGCAAGAGCUCGACGUUUCCGUCCUCCGCUUCACUUUUGGGAUUCCGGGUCUUGAUGAGUCCUACCUUCCGAGGUACAUUGGAAUCGCCUUCGGAUUCCUAAUCAUACUCAACCACGUCUUUUCCGCCUCCCCCGCUACUCCCGCUCAGCUGAGGACCGAGGCUCUUGGGAUGUGUUUGGCCGCCUUCUCGACCGCCCUCCCUUAUCUUUUUCGGCCCAAAUUUUAUGUGGAGAAUCCUUGCAGCAAACUUUACAAUCUUAAUGGUGUUGAUCUACAGUUUACCUUCUCUAAGAGGUUCGAUGAAAGUGUCUCUGAUACUAGCCAACCUCAGGCAGGAGUGUGA